AUGAACUAAUCAUUAGCGGAUCCAAAUUUCAGUUGUAUUAAUAAUGAUGGGUUAGCUUAAUAUGCUAUUUAUGAUCCUCAGCUAUCAUUAUUAUGCCAGGAAUGCUAAGCAAGAGAAAGAAGAUAAAAUUGUAAAACCCUAACAUUGGAAGAAGCGAUUUAGAAAGUUGAAGACAAAUUAAGCUUGGUGGAAACAAAGAUUGAUUAACAAGUAUAGAAACUAUCUUAAUUAAUAAAUUCAGCAAAAGACUUUAGAUCAUAAUUUCUAACAGUUUUUGAUCUUAUUAUAAUAAAUCUCGAAAGUUGGAAUGAAUCUUUAUAACAUAUGAAUAAAAAUUCCUAUAUAUUGCAAGAAUUAUAAUAUUUGGAAACAAAAUAAACGACAUUAUUUGAAAAGCUAUUUACUUCUAACAACUACAUAUAUAUAACCAAGCUUUGCAAUCGUUUCAAAGAGUACAAUUUCGUUUAUUAAAAUGAUCAGCAAAAAUUUUCAAGGCUACUUACCUAAAUGAUGAAGGAAACACAAAUACCAAAGUUAGAUUCUUAAAUCGAAUUGAUAAAGCGUUAAUAAGUGCCCCAAAAUGAUGCUUGUUUGAAUUUAGCAUUUAAUUCUUCUGAUUCAAUAAUGGUAUCUACAAAAGGCAUCAAUAUAUAAGCUGGGAGUUUUGAUAAGGGUAAAAUUAAUCUGCUCCAAAACUUGGGUGGGCAUGAGGAUUGGGUUAAUUGCAUAGUUUAUAGCAAAUCAAAGGAGGCAUUUUUUUCAGGAUCAGAUGAUGAAACAAUAAGAAUUUGGAAACUAUAGAAUAAUUUGUGGACCUCUUCAAAACCUUUUAAAAAACAUAAAGUUUAUAGUUUGUUAUUAAAUUCAAAGGAGGACUAAUUGUUUUCAGGUGGGAAUGAUCACUAAAUUAUAGUUUGGAAAGUAAACUUAGAAAUGAAUGAGUUAAUUUAGUUAUAUUAAUUAGGUAAACAUAAAUGUUCUGUACUCUCAAUGUCAUUGAAUUAAUCAGAAACUCUUUUAGUAUCUUGCUCUAAAUUGAAAUCUGAAAUUAUUGUUUGGGAAAAUGGACAGGAUAAAAAAAUGAAAUUUAAAUAACGUGUUAAGUAGGGGCAAUCACAACAUUAUAGUGGAAAAAAGCUUUUAUUUUUAUCUGAAAAUAAUUUUAUUUGGGUUACAGCUACUUAGGAAGCUGAUAAAAUCUUUGUUUUUGAAAGGAAAAAUGGAUGUUUCCAAGAAAAGUCCGAAUAAACGAUAGAAUUAAAUUAAGAAAAUUUAAAUGAUGAUAUGUUUCUAUUUCCAAUUAUUAAAGAUAAGAGAACUUAGUAAAUUGUUGUAAGGCAUAAAACUCAUAUUUAUUUCUUAAAAGACUUUGGCUAGGGAAAGCUCAAAAUUAUUUAAUAACUGAAUUGCAUCACAACAAGCAUUUAUGGAACAAUUACGAAUAAUUUUUUAUAUCUAAUAUAUUGGGAUAACAAAACAUUAGGUUAUUCAGUGUACGAAAUAAAAAUAGUUCUUUUAUGA